GGGUGUUCCAGAAUAACCUUUCACAUUUUGGUGAGCACUGAUCUGCGUUCAAAUGGUGUUAGGGGAAUGGUAAAAGCGGUUCCAGGUAGCCAACACAUGCCGAAUUAUGUUUCAGUAUUAAUUUUUUACCAUGGAGAAGUGGACGGCUGUGCAGCGCGCUUUUAUUGUAAAGGCCUUUUUCAAAAAUAAUGACUCUUACAUUAGUGCAAUUCGUGCCUUCCGCAAACAUUUUAAACUUACCGGUAAAAGUGAAGUGCCAUCGAGGCCAACAGUGAAAUUAUGGGUAAAAAACUUCGAGAAAACCGCUCAUGCUUGUAAAAAUAAACCUACAGGUCGGAAAAGAUCAGUAAGAACGCCAGAAACAACGGACCGAGUAAGGCAUUCAGUACAGACUACCCCUACCACUUCAAUACGUAAACGAGCGUUAAAUUUAAAAAUCAAACCAACUUCUCUGCAACGAAUUUUAUCUGAAGACCUCAGUUUCCAUCCAUAUAAGAUUUUAAUCAUUCAAAAGUUACAAAAAACUGAUUUUGUGAGAAGAAAAUCAUUUGCCGAGGAUAUGCUUACAAGAAUUGAUACUGAGAAUCCGAUGAUAAUACACGAGAAACCUCUACACUCCGCUAAGUUGACUGUUUGGAUGGGCGUGGCUAAAUUCGGUAUAGUGGGACCGUAUGUGUUUGAUGAAACGGUGAACGGUGAGAGGUAUCGCAAAAUGUUAAACGAGUUUCUCAUUCCUGAAUUGAAACGCAGACACAAGUAUAGAGUUACUUGGUUCCAACAGGAUGGCGCUACCUGUCAUUCCGCAACGGACACGAGUUCUUUAUUGCGUGAGCAUUUUGGUCAUCGAAUAAUUUCGCUGAACACAGAAAUUUCAUGGCCACCUCGAUCCCCUGAUUUUUCAGCAUGUGAUUUUUUUUUAUGGGGUUACCUCAAGUCAAAAGUAUAUCAAGAUGAUCCUAGGACUCUGAAACAGCUCCUAGAUAAUAUUAUUCGUGAAUCAAGACUGAUUAGAAGAGAAAUGCUCAACAAAGUGUUCAAUAAUUUUAAAAAACGUUUGGUCGAUUGUGUCAAAAAUGAUGGAAAACAUCUUGGUGGAAUAAUUUUUAAAACUUAAUUUAUAAUGAAAACUCAAAUAUAUGGUCUAAAAACGGCACAUUUCUACUUCAUUUUGGUUAUAAAAAAAUUUCCGUAACCAUUUUUCUCUCAGAGCUACUAAUAAAACAAAAGUGAAAGGUUAUUCUGGAACACCCUGUAGAUAAAAGACAGAAAUUGAUGAGUUACAAAUAAGUAGGUAUAAUUUAAUUUUUUCAGAUUAAACAAAUGCUGUACGUUAUAAAAAUGACGACUCCGUCGAUUUCUCUUUUCAAUUACAUAAACGUCGA